CACCUCCGUGCGGACGUGGCUCAGAGCUUCUUUCCCGUUAUUCGAUUGAGGAUCAUUCCGGUACGUACCGAUUUUGUUUCCCGUCGCAUCCAACAAAGCCAAUUCUUUUCUGCUUUUCUCAACUGCCACCAAACACGCCUCACCUCACUUGGAGUUGCAUGAUUGCAUCGCGUUCAAGUCGUGUUGGGCUGUUCUCCCGGUGUUUGCACCUCCCGAAAUAUCAUCUCCUUCCUACCGAUGCGACGGACGGACCGCGUUGGCUGCCUCACAUCAAGUGAGGACCUGCCACCAGUACCAUUGCAUACCUACCUAUGGACCUUUAUUGUACAUUCAGAAAUGAGAAACGACGUUUGCUCUUGCACAACCUACAUUGAUGUCGCGACUCGCCUGGCUCAUUUUGCCUGGAAUCUGUCGCGAUGGCUGGCAUUUGCUACGUUGCCAGCGUCGCGCUCCAUGACUUGGCUCACUCAUCACCCCACCAGCCUCACGCACCUCUUACACGAUCGACAAGCUCAGCCACACCUCAGCUUGCAUUACCUACUGCUGCACGCACUGCGUACUUGCACUACGAUGCCGAUGCUAACCAUUGAUGGGUGUUUAGAUACUAGGAAGCAAACAAUAGUUGAAGGGAAACCCAAAAGCAAAACAUCACAAACACGCC